UCUCGGGCGCCCCCUGUGGCGGCGGGCCGCGGGCGGCGCGCGCUGCACUCUCUCCUCACGCCGGGACUAGGCUAUCUGAGAGGCGCGCGAUGCUGGCGACGCUGGCGAGGGUCGCGGCUCUGCGGAGAACCCGCCUUCUCUUCGGCCCGGGCCGCGGGAGGGGUUUGUGGACCGGCCGCCCGCAGUCAGAUACUGACAAUAUGAAGCCCUUGGAGGGUGUGAAAAUUCUGGAUCUAACAAGAGUACUGGCGGGACCUUUUGCUACUAUGAAUUUAGGAGAUCUUGGAGCAGAAGUUAUAAAAGUGGAAAGACCAGGAGCUGGUGAUGACACACGAAUUUGGGGGCCACCUUUUGUGGGGACAGAGAGUACUUAUUUCCUCAGUGUUAAUCGAAAUAAAAAAAGUAUAGCUGUAAAUAUCAAGGAUCCAAAAGGGGUGAAAAUCAUCAAAGAGCUUGCAGCUGUUUGUGAUGUAUUUGUGGAAAACUACAUCCCUGGCAGACUGUCUGCUAUGGGCCUUGGAUAUGAAGAUAUAGACAAGAUUGCCCCUCACAUCAUCUACUGUUCUAUCACAGGAUAUGGCCAGACAGGCCCACUGUCUGAGCGAGCUGGUUAUGAUGCUGUUGCCUCUGCUGUUUCUGGUCUGAUGCAUAUCACAGGGCCUGAGGAUGGAGACCCAGUUCGUCCGGGAGUGGCCAUGACUGAUCUUGCUACUGGCCUGUAUGCAUAUGGAGCCAUUAUGGCUGGAUUGAUACAAAGAUACAAAACAGGGAAAGGACUGUUCAUUGAUUGUAACCUACUGUCAUCUCAGGUGGCAUGUUUGACCCAGGUAGCUGCUAAUUAUCUCAUUGGCCAAAAGGAAGCAAAACGUUGGGGCACGGCUCACGGCAGUAUCGUUCCUUACCAGGCUUUUAAAACCAAGGAUGGAUAUCUUGUGGUUGGAGCAGGAAACAAUCAGCAGUUUGCUACUGUGUGCAAGAUCUUGAAUUUGCCCGAACUAAUUGAUGACUCCAAGUAUAAAACUAACCACCUUCGUGUACAGAAUAGAAAAGAGCUUAUCAAAAUACUGUCUGCACGGUUUGAAGAAGAAAUGACCAGCAAAUGGUUAUACCUCUUCGAAGGCAGUGGGGUUGCAUAUGGCCCAAUCAACGACAUGAAGAACGUAUUUGCAGAACCCCAGAGAUCAUUGCUGAGAGUUUUAUCAUUGGCAUUUCCAUCAUUCAACCUGUGUUUCUUCAGGCACAAAGACACCAAGGUAAAGAACGUUAUUUUAAAAAUCUCUGGGUAUCUUCUAACAUUGCCUAUUGUCUAGGUUUUGAUGAACAAGGAACCAAGGUUCCACCCUUCAAGUUGUUCAUUUUAUGGGCUGCUUCAGAUUGAAUAUAGGAUAGUUAGGAUUUUCAUUCCCACUUUUCCCUUGGAGUUCGGUUCAUUACUUUAAUCGUUCUAUGGCAACUCUUGGACCCUUAGUAGUUUCUAAUAUUGGUAUGGCAUAUUUUUAGCACUUCAGUCAUUUUUCAAAUGGAAAAGAUUGCUAUUACCUCAGCCAGGAUACUGGCUUUUGCUACUACCCCAGGAGUCUCUGAAAAUUGCCUUCUUAUCCACCAAAAAGUAGAUUCUAACUGUUACCAUUCUAACAUCAAAAAUUCUUAAUCAUCCAGUGAUAAUUACUGACAGUUGUACCCAAGCUCCCAAGAGUAGAGUUGGUCUCUUUAAUAUAUAAUCUCAUUCUUUGCAGUUUAAAAUACCAAACGUGCACAUAAAGCUUACCUGGAAUUUUAGAAAGACUAGAGAGCAAUGUAGUAUUGUUACAUUUUAAAAAUUAACACGGAUGACUCUGGCCAUUGUGUGUAGAACUGUUUGGCCCAAGAGGUAAGGACACUUGGCUCUUUUAAAAAGAACUCCUUAUCAUUUUGAAUAUUGGAAGGAAUGUAAAGCGCAAAAAAAUCAGGCAAUUAUGUUUUUGGACUACUUAAAAAAAUUCAUUUGCCAAACCUUUAUUAUACUUACGUACCAAGUGUUAGGGAUUUAGCAUGACUUUAGUAAUUCUCUUCCUUUCUGAAAAAAUAAAUUUAAAAUCGACUUAGAUAGCAGAUACAGAGUAAAUGCUGUUGAUGUAUGAAUAAGUGAAUGAAUGAGUUGGUUAACUUGCCAAGUAUAAGUUUUCCAAAUGACAGAGAGGCUAUUGUGCUCCCAGUGGUGGGGCUGACAACCUCUUUGUAUAGCCUUUAUUUGGAAAACCUGUGUUGAAAAGCGCUGCAUCAUGGUUAAGACCCUGGAGUGCUAGCUCUCGGCAGUUUUAUAAACUUACUGGGCUUCAGUUUUCUCAACUAUAAAGUGGUGUUAAUAGGAUCUUUUUUCUAUACUGUCCUGUUACAUGAGAUAAUGUUUAUCAAGGACAGCAGGGUUUGCCAGAGGUAAAGGUGCAAGACACGGUAUUAGCUCCGGUUAUGAUCGUACCCUUAUUUACUGUAAUAUUUUGGUUAAAAAACAAAAAACAAAAAAAACCUUCUUUGGUGGAGACCUUUGCUAAAGGUUAUGUUUUUGUUUAAAAAACUCCUUUGUUUGGUGGCUACAAACAAAUUCAAUGCGGCAGUGGGACCGGGGAUCCCUGGCUUACAAAUCAAGCUGUAAUAAUUCUUUUUAAAAAAGGCAUCCGCGCGCUCUGUGCCAAGAACUCCUCAGCCCUUCAUCAUUCCUGAUUGCUGCAACCCUCUUAUUUUUUGUUUUCCGUAAAAGUGUCCUUUCCGUUUAAGGUGUCCUCCCUUGUUUUUCCCCCGAUGAGCUGCAGAGCUUCUUGGC